AUGACUAUGUUGGCAGAGCCAGAGCAGCAGGAGUGGUUAUGCGCGUUCUCGCUGCACCGCAACACGCGGCUGCUGACGGCCUCGCCCGGCGGUCUGGCCUGCCUGCACGGCUUCCGCGCUCUCUCCGUGCUCUGGAUCAUCAUACUACACUCCUCGCUCCAACUUCGACUACAUUCUGUUAACGAAGAGGAAACAAGCGAAAGCGUCAGUGGGCAGAGGUAUUUUUUUGUGUCCGCGGGGCAUCUCGCCGUAGACUCCUUCUUCGUGCUAAGCGGACUGCUACUGGUCUACACCAGCGCCGGGAAAACAGAGUCUCUGUCGCUGAGUAAUCUGCCCCGGUUCUACCUGAACCGCUACGUGCGGUUGUUUCCGCUGCUAGCGGCGGCCGUGGUGAUGCGCGCCGCCGAGCCGCGCCUCACCGACGGGCCCAGGGCGGUGGACUACGCUCAAGGGGUCGUUCGUUGCCGCGACUACUGGUGGAGCGCUCUGCUGCACGUGCAGAACAUUGUCAACCCGAGAGAAAUGUGCUUGGGUCACAGCUGGUACCUGUCGGUGGAUAUGCAGCUGCACGUGGUGUCGGCGCUGCUGCUGUGCGGGGCGGGCGCGGCGCGGGCCGACAGGCGGGCGCGCGGGCGCACGUGGGGCGCGCUGGGCGCCGCCGCGCUGGCCGCCGUGGCUGCUACGCUCGCCUUCUGUUUCUAUUUCAACUUUCCUGACAUAACAAAGGAUUCACCGCGCAACUGGGUCUCGUCUGCCGCCUUCUACUGGACGUGGUAUUACUAUAACACUAUAGUGCGCUCCCCUCCCUUCUUUAUCGGAAUGAUGUUCGGGUUCGGUCUGUACGUCCUCAAGAACGAAAAACUUCAUUUACCGAAGUGGAGCAUCUGGCUCUGCCACGGCGGGGCCUUAGUGUUAUCCUUGCUGGUGAUGUUGGCGGAGCACCCGGGUACCCGCGCGUUCUUCGACCACCACCUGCCGGCUCUGAACCUCAAGCUGGCCCUGGCCCGCACCUGCUGGGCGCUGGCGCUCGGCUGGCUCAUCUUCGCAUGCACUCAGGGUUAUGGAGGUCCCGUGAACUGGUUCCUGUCGCUGCGGCUGUGGCGGUUCGUGGCGCGCCUCUCCUACGCCAUGUACUUGUUCAGCAACAUCUUACAAGAGGAGCCUGACGCCACCGGCGGCGUCAACUACUUUGACAUACGCGCACUGCUGUGGCGGUUCUGCGGCGACGCGGCGGUGACGGUAGCGGUGUCGGUGGCGGCCAUCGUGCUGGUUGAGGCGCCGCUGCACACGCUCCUGGCCCCGCUCCUCAAGCCCCGCUCUACCCACAAGCCUUAA